AUGGACAAAGAUUGCGAUAUGGUAUAUAAGAACAUCUCUGACAUAUACAAAUCUGGGGAGUUUAAGACCUACGACAACUUUGUUUCGUUAGUUGCAAAAUGUGUAUGGCAGAUAAGAGAUAAAGAUAGAAGAGGUAAGAUAUGGAAUGAACAGAUAAAACCCGCAACUUUUGAGUUAAAGAGAGCAAUUGACGCCUUAGUCAUACUAGCAGGUAAGGUUUCAGAAUAUAACGCAAAAAUGAACCCACAAUGUUCUAAAUGUAAAGCAGCAAUGAGGAAAUAUAACUACUCCGUCAAAGAGAUAGAACGUAUGCGAAACGACUAUGCUGACUUAAAGAGGGAGGCAGAGAAACCAGCAGAAGAUAAAAUGGACAUGUUGACAUUUCUAAACAAAAACUAUCCAACAGCUGACGAUUUCCUUCUUUCAGAUGUCAAGAAGAAAUAUAAAGAAACUUUCGGCAUUGUGAAAACAUUCGAUAUCCUUCGUGAAGAAAUAGAAGCUACGAAAUUGUUUAGAAUUUCACGAAUUCACAAUGUUUACCAUGUAAAACGCUUAUAA